UUUGGGCUGUGGUGUCUCAGAUCUCAGAGCCAAGGCUGGAGGUCGUCUUGUACAAGGCUGGUCUGGAGCAGGACACCCAGUCCCACACACACAGUGAGGGAGAAACAAGGUCUCUGAAUUUUGAUGAGAUAAAGCCAUGAACUUCCUUAUUAUUCUGGGUCUCGCGGUGUCCUGUGCUGCCCAAGACUUGGAGACUAAAUACAACCGAUGCGAUGAACCCGGCACCGAGAUCUUCUACACCUCAUGCAGCUCCUGCGCUGCAUCUCCCAGUAUGCUUUGCCCACAGGGCUCGAGGAAGACGAGUAAAGGCAUGGGGUCCACGGGCUGCAGGUAUUCUGUGGACAUAGGGGGGAGGACAGUUGUCCUACCUGGCUGCAGGCACACUUGCGAGAGGAUGGUUACAGUGAAAAUGUGCUGUCCAUACUUUUGGGGUCCGCUCUGCCUUCCAUGUCCCAGUUGGUCUGGUAGGGCAUGUAACUGGCACGGCACUUGCAUGGACGGAUUCACUGGAAAUGGGACCUGCGUCUGUGAUGAAGGAGCAACUGGUUUUGCCUGCCAAGAAUGUAAAAAGAAAGAUACCUAUGGGUUAAAGUGUGCUUCAGAGUGUAACUGUUACCAUUACGGGGAAUGUAGCUCCGGUCCUCAUGGAGACGGCCAAUGCUACUGCCAGCCACCGUACACUGGACCGAAGUGUUCGGCAGUGAGCCAGUCUUGUAGAAAUUGCACUGCCUAUUCGUACUGUAAGGGAGAUGAGAAGAGCGCAGAGUGCGAGUGCCUCCCUGGGUUCAGAAAGACCGGGACAACCUGCACAGGGGAUAUGUGUUCCACGAACGUCUGCGACCGCAAUGCCGAGUGCACGAAUCAGGAAGGGAAGAAUUACCGGUGCAAGUGUAAAGACGGUUACCAAGGAAACGGGAUGCUUUGUACCCCAGUGAAUCCAUGUGACACAGAUAAUGGAGGCUGCCCUGCCAACUCUACCAGCUGUGUUUAUGUCAGCCCUGGGAAGUCUCGCUGCGAAUGCAAGAGUGGAAUGGAAGGCUCCUCUCCAUCGCUCGGAUGCAGACUGAAGAACGUGUGUGUGGAAAACUCCUGCCAUAGGACUGCAGAGUGCCAGACCGGUCCGGACGGUGACCCCAUAUGCACUUGUUCCAAGCAGCAAAUUGGCGACGGCAAACGUUGCUAUGGCAACAUCAUGGAGAGGAUACUGGAGUUGAACAGAGAAGAUUCCCUGAAAGGAAGACUCUCUGGUUCCAUCACCUCAUUUGAGAAGGGAUGCCAGCUUAUCUUGUCAAAACAGGGGCCUCUUACCGUGUUCGUUCCCCUCCUCAGCCAUUCAGCCGCACAAACAGUCCCAGACAGCAUCUUCUGUAAAAAUCAUGUAAUUCUUGGCCAGCGUCUUAUAAGUGAAUUGGAAAGAGAAGACCAUUGGCUGCUUUCUGGAAAUACAGCUAGCUUUCAGAACUCCAAGCGAUUCACCAUCACACAGUCCCCAUUCCAAAAUUUUGGAGUUAUUCUGAGCAAUAUUCCUGCUGCCAAUGGGAUUAUUCAUGUCAUAGAAACAUCCCUCAUCACGACAUACUCAGCCGGUUCUGAAGACGAUAGGAUUGCCAAAAUGAGCAUCGGAGAUUUUCUUGCAUCAAAUCCAGAUUACAACCGCUUUCAGUCGUUGUUAGAUAAUUGUGGUGCAGCUCUGCCCCUGAAGAGCCCGGGGCCUUUGACGGUAUUUGUGCCCAGCAAUGACGCAGUGGAUCGUGCCAGGGAUGGCAGCAUCAUGUACAUGUUGACCAAGGCCAAGUACAAGCUUCAGACCCUUUUGAAACACCACAUCUUCUCCUUGGCAGCAGUUACAGUUGACCAGCUGGCUGGCAUGUCUGAAUUUCAGAGUAUGGCCCAUGAGACCAUCACAGUCAACGUCAGCAGUGAUGGGAGGCUCUCUCUGUCAGACAAGGGGAUCAAUUUAGAGUCGCGAGACAUAAUUGCAUCGAAUGGAAUCAUCCACGUCAUCGAUGGCGUCCUUGUCCCUCCAUCCAUUGUUCCCAUCCUGCCGCACAGAUGUGAUGUCACUGACAGCAAAAUUGUUUUGGGAACCUGUGUGAAAUGCAAUCACCUGCGUGACUCCCACUGCCCACCUGGAACUAUGGAACUGAUGAGUCACAUGAGGGACUGUGAGUACUCGGCUUCACCUCUCAGCUCUCUCCUCAGCAGUAAAGGCUGUGCCAAAUAUUGCAACACAACCACAGUGAGACCGGAGUGCUGCAAGGGAUUCUAUGGACCAGACUGUAAACCCUGCAUUGGCGGAUUUGAUCAUCCUUGCUAUAACAAAGGGACUUGUAACGAUGGCAUUAAGGGGGACGGGUCCUGCAGUUGUGCCCCAAGAUUCACGGGCAUUGCCUGCCACAUCUGCUCUGACCCCAAAAAGCACGGCGAUAACUGCGAUGAGGACUGCCGAUGUGUGCACGGCGAGUGUGACAACCGGCCGGGCAGCAAUGGAGUGUGCAGACAGGGGUCCUGCCAGCAGGACUACAGUGGAGACCUCUGCAAUCUUGUGGUCUCGCAAUGCAGUGCUGACUCAUUUUUACACUGUGACCACAAUGCCAACUGUGUUACCGGGGAGGGUGGGAAACCAAGCUGUGUCUGUAAACCAGGGUUCGAAGGGGAUGGGCACUUCUGUGUCCUCAGGAACCCCUGCCUUGAACCCAACAGAGGCGGCUGUGAUAUAAAUGCCCAGUGUGUGUUUGCCGGCCCAGGCAACACCUCGUGCCUGUGCAAUGAAGGUUGGACUGGUGACGGCUUGGUCUGUGCCGAAAUCAACAACUGUCUCCUUAGCACCCGGGGAGGCUGUCACGCCAAUGCCGACUGCACAGCCACCGCUCCGGGUCAGAAUGAAUGCACGUGCAAGAAAGGCUAUAUGGGAGAUGGUAUCACCUGUGAUUUGAUCGACCCUUGCCGCUCUAAAAACGGAGGCUGCCACCCCUUGGCCAAAUGCACCUUCGAAGGGAACGGAACUCGGGUGUGCAAUUGUACCGAUGGUUUUGCCGGCGACGGCUUUCAGUGCUACGGCGACAUACUCACAGAACUUGCUGGAAGGUUUGACUUCAUUACUUUCUACAACCUCAUCCAGAAAUCCAAUGAGUUCAUUCUUGAGGACAACAUAACGGCACUGGUUCCCAGUGAAUCUGCCUUUAAGAGUUUAAGCAAAAGCAAGAAAGAAUUCUGGUUGGAUUCUUUCCGGCUUCCGUUCCUGCUCAGGGUGCACUGUUUGAAAGGUGUCUUUUCAAGCAAGGAUCUGGAGCAGAGAGUACAUGAGAAAUUACCAACUCUCCAUGAAAAAACCAAGUGGGAAAUACGAAAUGAAACUGGGGAGGUUAUGGUGCAGAAUGCAACUAUCAUCAUCCCGGACAUAAGGGCCUCAAAUGGAUACAUCCACGUGAUCAACAUGAUGUUGCAGCCUCCCCUCUCGGACAUUCCUCCCCCUCCACCCAACCUAAUGGAGUUUCUUAAUGGCAACCCUGCCUUCAGCCUCUUUUCUCGGGCUGUUGUGUUUUACAAUCUGACAGACCAAAUCGAGGCGAAAAAAUACACUAUUCUCAUACCAACAAAUGAGGCUAUCAAAGAGCACUUGGACAAGACAAAUUCUACAGAACUGGACGAAGACACAGUCAAAUACCAUGUCAUCGUUGAUGCCCAGCUUUUCCCGAAGGAUUUGAGGACUGGCCUGCUUAAAACCACUCUGCUUGGCUCAUCCUACCAGAUCAUGUUCCAUACAGGCACUCAGAAUGAGAGUUUUGCCAAUGAUGUCCUCCUCAACGGAAACUUCAGCGAGACCAAGAAUGGAAUCGUCACAGGCGUUAGCAAAAUUUUAGAAAUUCACAAAAACUUCUGUAAUAAGGAGAUUGCCUUAAAAGUAAGGGGCAGGUGUGGUGCCUGUGAUGAAGUUCCCAAGUGCUCCUAUUUAAGUGCCAAACCUCUGGAGCAGAACUUUCCUCCAAACAUGAAGUCCAACUGCAAAUACAGAAAACGAGUAGGAACUAAAAGAAUAUUGGUGCCAGGUUGCGUUAUGGACUGCCUAAGAAAAAUCUUGGACCAUACCUGCUGUCUUGGAUACUUUGGUCAUACGUGCUUGAAAUGCCCAGGAAAGCCGGGCAGCUGGUGCUCCAACAAUGGCAAAUGCCUGGAUGGUUACAAUGGCAGUGGCGAGUGCCAAUGUGACGAGGGAUACAAUGGCACAGCCUGCGAGACCUGCAAGCCGGGAAGAUUCGGCCAUGACUGCAAGUCAGCAUGCAACUGCAACCAUGGGAGAUGUCUGGAUGGCAUUGAUGGUGAUGGGAGCUGUCUGUGCUACAAGGGCUGGAGAGGACCCACAUGCUCUGUGGAAAUCAAGGAUGACUUGUGUGGAGGAAGCUGCCAUGAAUUUGCAAACUGCAUUGCGGGUGCACCAGGAGCAGCUGCUACCUGCUCCUGUAUCGCUGGUUACCAAGGCAACGGAAUCACUUGCAAAGAGGUCAACCCAUGUGAUAGCAACAAUGGUGGCUGUUCCAAGAUGGCAAACUGCACAAAAACAUCCCCAGGGGAAAGGAUCUGCACCUGCAAGGAGGGCUACACAGGUGACGGCCUUGUGUGCCAAGAAAAAAAUCCUUGCUUAAAAUACAAUGGAGGGUGCCAUCCAAAAGCUUUAUGUCUGAAAGUUGGUCCCACCCAAGUGACAUGUGCCUGUGAGUCUGGCUACAGUGGAACUGGGCGGUACUGUUUCCCGGUGAACCCCUGCAGGACAGCCAAUGGGGGUUGCAGCUGGAAUGCUUGGUGCGAAUUCACUGGCCCCGGCAACAGGACCUGCAAGUGUAGGAAAAACUACAUUGGAGAUGGAUUUAUCUGCAAAGGCAAUGUCAACUAUGAAAUCCUUCAUCACGCGGAUGCAGUCUGGUUUAAUCGGAAACUGAGGGGUUCUAAAAUUAAUGAAUUUUCAGGGAAAGGACCUCUCACUGCUUUUAUCCCCCACGUGGAUUACAUCAGAAAUUUUACGGUUGAGUCCUGGGACAAUGCCAGUCGCAUCAAUGACUUGCUAAGGUACCAUGUGGUGGCCUGUGAGCAACUGAUGCUGUCUGACCUCAAGUCUUCAGACAAGAUUAUCACCCUAUCUGGAUAUCCACUGACAUUCACUGUCCGAGAGGGUGUUGUUUACGUCAACAACGAAGCGAAAAUCAUCACCAGCGACUACACCACCUCCAACGGAGUCAUGCAUUUUAUUGACAAGGUUCUUGUUCCUUAUGACCUGAAGAGCAAAAGUGACUUACCACCAGUUUCGCUGAACGUGACAGCUGCAGCAGAGGCGUAUGGGUACCAUGUGUUCAGCAAGCUUCUGCAGGAUGCUGACUUGAUGAGCAUGAUCCAGAAUCCAGUGCAUCACCCAUUCACCAUGCUUUGGCCCAAGGAUGAGGUCUUCAACUCUUUUCCCGAGGAGAGGAAAAAGUGGCUGUAUAGUGCAGAUCAUAAGGAUAAACUUGCUGCUUACAUGAAAGCGCACAUCGUCCGCGACACUAAACUUACUGCAGCAAAUUUGCCCAGUGAUGAGUCUGUGAGGACUAUGUAUGGCUCUACCAUCUCUUUUAGCUGUGACAAAAAAGUCGUGGGAGACAUUCUGGUCGAUGCCGGAAAUGCUAAGAUAGUGGAACGUCACCUAGAGUUUAAUGUAGGAAUCGCUCAUGGUAUUGACCAAGUUCUUGAGCCUCCUGAUCUGGGAGCACGAUGUGAUACUUUCACAGAAAUUAAACUUACGGGUAGGUGUGGAAGCUGUGCAUUUACACCGUCCUGUCCAUAUGGAUUUUCAUACCUCGGUAAUACAAAGCCCUGUAGGUAUAACCGCUACCCCAGUGUUCCCUACUACCGACGACGUUUCUACGACCUCUACAAUUAUAACUUUCCCAAUAUGUAUGGCUGUGAGAAGGAGUGUGGAAAGUCAGACUGGGUGCCCCAGUGCUGCAAAAAUCACUAUGGACAAAACUGCCAAGUGUGCCCAGGGGGUUUGGAGGCUCCCUGCAGCAACCAAGGAACAUGUGACGAUGGAAAGCGUGGUACAGGGAACUGCAUGUGCCACGGUGGAUUCACGGGUACUGCAUGCGAGCUGUGUGCAACCAACCACUACGGCCCAAACUGUACAGCAUGUGCGUGCACAGCCCAUGGAAAGUGUGACGGCGGACUGGAGGGAGAUGGGAGCUGCUUCUGUCAGGAAGGCUGGACCGGGGACCAGUGCCAGCUCAAAUUGGCUGAAAAACCCAUCUGCAGUCCAGAAUGUCAUCCCAAUGCAGUGUGCCAGCCUGGGAAUACUUGUCAGUGUGAAUUAUUGUAUGAAGGGGAUGGCAGAAACUGCACCGCACCGGAUUUAUGCAGUGAAUACAAUGGGGGCUGCCACACCCAUGCAAACUGCACCCAGGUGGGUGUCAACAUCACUUGCACGUGCCUGCCGGGAUACACAGGUGACGGGGUCUCGUGUUCUGCAAUCAAUCGAUGUGUCCAGGAGCCAAACGGCGGCUGUAGUGAUUUUGCUAAAUGCACUUUUACUGGUCCGAAUGAAAGACAGUGUGAGUGCCUCCCAGGGUAUGUGGGAAAUGGAAUACAGUGCCUAGAGAAGGUGGUCCCCCCUGUAGACCGCUGUCUGGAAGACAAUGGGGGGUGUGAUCCGAAGGCAAUCUGCAAGGACUUGCACUUUCACGAGAACACUGCUGGAGUGUACCACCUGAGGUCACCUGCUGGGAAGUACAAGCUAAACUAUACAGAUGCCAUAGCUUCCUGUGAAGCAGAGCAGGCAAAACUGGCCAAUUUAUCCCAGCUGUCUGACGCCCAACAGCUUGGCAUGCAUCUGUGUGUGGCCGGAUGGCUAGAUGGGGGCAAAGUUGGCUACCCCAUCAUAUACCCUUCGGCAAAAUGUGGCGAUAACCACGUGGGCAUUGUAUUGUACAGGAGCCCCGUGCGCACCAACAGCACAUAUGACGCAUACUGCUACCGUGUGAAAGAUGUGUCCUGUGAGUGCGGCCCAGGAUACGUGGGUGAUGGGUACUUCUGCAACGGGGACUUAGCAAGCAUUGUGGCCACAAAUGCUAAUUUCUCUACGUUCUACUCGAUCCUGUUGAACUAUUCCAGUUCUGCAAAGGGAAAAGACCUCAUGGCCAUUCUCUCAACACCUUCAACAUCUGUAACGCUGUUUGUGCCGCAGAAUUCGGGAUUUUAUCCAAAUGAGACAUGGUCAGGGAGGGACAUGGAGUAUCACAUUUCCACCAACAACAACAUUCACUUCUACAACAGUCUGGAACACAACAGUAUCAUCCCUUCCCGACUUGGUUACAACCUGUCCGUAAUGGUGUCUUCUUCACCCUCUGUAUCUAACCCGUCUAAACUGGUGAACAAGCGGUUGAUUGUGGACUGGGACAUCCCAGCCAUCAAUGGAAUCAUCCACGUCAUUGAGGGGCCUUUGAAAGCCCCGCCCCCUCCAGUGCGGCCCCAUGUUAGACCAGACUCCCGGCCAGCAAAUGCCCACUCCCAUAUGACUGCACUCACCUCUGUACUCGUCUUAGUUCUGGUUGCUGCCUUGGUCGCCGGCCUGGUGUUCUACAUUGUCAAACACAAGAAUGACCCUUUCCGCUUUCAUUACUUCAGGGACAAUGAAGAUGAGGACAGCAAACCAGGUGGAGAGUGCAGUCCUACCUUGGUAUCCAUCCCUAACCCCCUAUACAGUGGUCACAGCACUGGCAUGGAACCCUUCGAUGUCAGUGAGAAUCACGAUUUUUAUUAAAGAAUUUUUUCACCUCUGUUUUGCCAUACCAUCUGUUCCCAUCUGCUCUGUCACGGUUCUGUACUUGUUUUGUUCUCUUUUUUCAUUGCAAAUGUUGGCAACAGGAUUUUUAUUGACAUGUACCAAUGCUAAUUCAUAGAUAAAUUACACUGAUUAAUUAAUGCCGAAAUGAAACUAUUUCAUAAUGACAUUAUAUGACUGUUGAUUCGGAAGGGAUUUUUGCACUAGGAGAACAAAAUGUUUUGCUAUCUAAAACUAGAAAACUUUGAACAUAAGUGGAUGGAAGGAAUAAAAAUGAAUAAUGGAUCAAUGCUGCACAUUGACCAUAACUUUAAAAGAACUACAUAGCCUCAUGCCUAUUAAUGAUUUAUAAUGAUCUUGAUUUUAGCUUCACUCAUGCCACUGUUAUCAAACUCAAUGUGAUAUUUCAGAUGAGUAUAAAAUCAGCUACAUCGAUCACUACCACAACAGACGUACAUUACACACUAGAAAUAAAGCAAAAUGCAGGGAAUGAAGAUUAACUAAUUUCCAUCAGGGUGAAAAAAAGCACAGAUUAAUCACUCAGAGAGAGAAUUGGCACAUUGCUGUCAUGUAGGUAAAUAACAGCUUGCAAGAAAUGAUCCAUAACAGCAGGGUUUGAAUAGCUACUGUCUUCAUUAAACGGGUCAAGUGAA